GCUCCGCCCACUGCUCUGCGCUCGCCCGUGGGUGGCGGCGCGCUGCUCCUGCUGCAGCGCUGGUCCCGCUCAUCAGUGCUUGGCACCGAAGGCGUGGACGAGCAGAUAUGGCGAGCUCCGGCUAUGAGGACCAUGCGGGCCAGGAGGGGGAGACGUUCCUGUAUUUCGCCUACGGCAGCAACCUGCUGACCGAGAGGAUCCACCUGCGAAACCCCUCCGCCGUGUUCUGCUGCGUGGCGCGCCUACAGGACUUUAAGCUCGACUUUGGCAAUUUCCAAGGCAAAACAAGUGAGAGGUGGCAUGGAGGUAUAGCUACCAUUUUUCAAAGUCCUGGCGAUGAAGUGUGGGGAGUAGUAUGGAAAAUGAACAAAAGCAAUUUAAGUUCUCUGGAUGAGCAAGAAGGAGUUAAAAGUGGAGUGUAUGUUGUAAUAGAGAUUAAAGUUUCUACUCAGGAAGGGGAAGAAAUACCCUGUCGCAGUUACCUGAUGACGAACUAUGAGAGCGCCCCCCCAUCGCCACAGUAUAAGAAGGUUAUCUGCAUGGGCGCGAAAGAAAACGGUUUGCCACCGGAGUAUCAAGAGAAGUUAAAAGCAAUAGAACCAAAUGACUAUAAAGGAAAGAUCUCAGACGAAAUGGAAGAAAUCAUCAAAAAGGGGGAGUCAAAACUGUAUAGCUUGUAACAGAAUCUGAGGAUGUUUCUGUGUGCUAGUAUGAAGUGUCUUUAGUGUCGGCAAGCAGGAAUCUGGGACCUUCCUGUUUUUACCCUAUUGAUUUUCAAAAGUGCUGUGAAGGACUUCUCACUUAGGCGAUUCCGUAUUUUCAACUGUAAAAAAAAAAGAACUGGGAUGGGGAUAGGAAUUAGACAAUUAAAAGGGUCCAGGAGUCCCUGGAGUGUGUAA